GCGACUAAUAAGAGGAGGACAGACGUCUUCCAGCUGUGCCCUGACUUAGCACUUCCGCUCCAGGCUUUACCCCCCACCUUCCCUCCUCCAUCCCUCCAAUGCAGGUUCGGCUGUCUGCUAGUCGGGUAUGAAAGGAGGGAAAGCCCACCAUUCCACUGGAGGUGUCCAACAGAGACGCACCGGACUGUCUUUUUGUCUUGUAGCUAGCUCACCAGGUUAUAGACAAGCCCGAUGACGCAAGGGCUGCUUGACUCAGGAGGGGACAGGCUAAUACUUGCAAGGAUCCCCUCGCUGGCACUCAUGAAGGCGCGGUGAAGCGUCCCACGCUCGCUGACGUUUGCCGUCAUGAUGCUGAUACUUGUAUGGCUUCUCAGCGCACCAGCGUUUGCACGUGAGACCGUUAUGUCCCGCAGAGACCCAGCACACAGUCCAAAAGUUUUUUUGACCACAUUAGGUAAAGAAUGCAAGUUUCCUUUUCGCCAAGGAGGACGAAUUCAUCAUCACUGCAUCACUGUCCUUGUCUCCCGACCAUGGUGCUCUCUUACGUCUAAUUUUGACCGGGACCGGCAGUGGGGGUACUGCGCCUUGGAGCGACGACAUCCCAAUGGCUCUGUCCACACGUCACGAAGAAUCGCCAAUCCAUGUCGAGAAAAGCCGUGCCGCAACGGAGGCACCUGCAUACCGCACAAGCUAGCGUUUGAGUGCUUGUGUCCUCAGACUUCCUCUGGAAAGAUUUGUGAGCACAAAAAGUGCUAUGAAACCAUACACCUGCACUAUUAUGAAGAGGGAGAGUCAUGGGGUCGUAUUUACCUUCGCAACGUAGAGCAGUGCACAUGCUCCCAUGGCCAAAUCGAGUGCCAGCGAGUUCGUUACACCACGUGUCGCUCCAACCCAUGUCAGAAUGACGGAGCGUGCCGAAUGAUCGUAGCCACCGGCAAGGAAGUAUGUAACUGCCGAAACGGCUACGGCGGACCACACUGUAGCUUUGAGCCAGAUAGCGAGUGUUACAACAGUCGCGGUACAAGCUACAGAGGUGUGGCGUCCACCGCAGCGUCUGGCACCCAAUGUCUACCAUGGAAUUCGGACCUGCUGUUCAACGAACUCCAUGUGGGCACUGUGGUGGCUGCCCCCCUCAGGGGUCUCGGGGAGCACGCGUACUGCAGGAAUCCCGAUGGUGACAAGAUGCCGUGGUGUUACACGCUGAGCAAGGGCGCCAUCUCCUGGGAGUACUGCGCAGUGCCUUCCUGCAAGAUGCCCUUGUCCUCUUCUCGUAGGAUGAUGCUCAACAUGCUACCAGGAGUAGGUAACACUAACCCGUCCAAGGCGGCUACGAAGAAGGCGACGUGCGGUACGAAGCAUAAGAAGAGAGUGUCGAUUGCCAGAGGAAGGAUCAUGGGAGGAAACUCGGCACUUCCUGGUACUCAUCCCUGGAUGGCAGCCAUUUAUAUCGGACAGUCUGACUUCUGCGCUGGAUCCUUGAUCUCUUCCUGCUGGGUCGUCUCUGCGGCACACUGUUUCUUUCGCAACCCCCUGAUGUCCCAGCUUCGAGUGGUCCUGGGCCAGCACCACUUCAACGUGAGCGGCGGGGACACAAGGACGUUUGGAGUGGACAAGUACAUCUUUCCCAAACAGUUCUCCAUGUUUAACCCCACGCUUCACGACAUCGUCUUGAUCAAACUGAAGAAACAAGAUGGCCGCUGCGUCAAGAGGACACCGUUCAUCAGGCCCAUUUGUCUCCCUGACGCAAACGUUUCCUUCCCUGACGAGUACUGCUGCACCAUCAGCGGAUGGGGACACAUGCAUGAGAAGGCAGAUGGUUACUCCAGUCUGCAGGAGGCGGGAGUGAGGCUAAUCCAGCACGACACGUGUAGGAAACCGGAGGUGUACGGCAACCACGUCACCGCCGACAUGAUUUGCGCGGGGCUCAACGGUUGCGUGGAUGCUUGUCAGGGGGACUCCGGGGGUCCACUAGCCUGCUCGAGGAAUGACAUCAGCUUCCUGUACGGGAUCAUCAGCUGGGGGGAGGGCUGCGGACGCUCCGGAAAACCGGGCGUUUACACCAAAGUGGCCAACUAUAUGGACUGGAUCAAUUCCGUCAUCAAACGGAAACCGAAGGCGAUGUGAAAGAACAUUUGCUCUUUUUGCGCUAAUAAUAUUUCAGUUUUUAUACUGUUUUACUUUUUUUUUUAUUGUGAAAGUAAUCAUCUUCAUCGAACUGUGAACAAAAAUGGAGACUGAAUGUUUUUUUGCUCUAAAAGGUACAAUUUUAUUCCUGUGAUAUUACAAGUAUUUCUUAUAAAUCCCAAACUUUAUUCCCAUUAUUAAA